AGCCACCGGUUCUACUGCAGCGUAAGGAGUAUGGCUCUGAGUAUCCGUGGUGGAAACCGACCUAAACACUGGUCUUGGAACUGAUAAACAAACGCAACAAAUAACGCGGUGCGUAAAAGCUCUCCACGGCGCCGGUUCUGGGUGCGCGCGGACACUGUGCCAGCAUUCCAAGAAUCCAAGAAGACUACGACGUGUCUCUUUGGUUGUUUAUUUCUGUGAUUGUGUGGAAAUAAACGAGGAUAUCUUAAUUGGACAUGUGAGUUACGGGAGUUAACAAGACAAGCAGCCUUUUCGAAGAUGAAGUUCCACGCUUGCGUUCUCGUCACUUUGCUGGUGAUCGGAUCGAGUGCAGCACAGUCAGUUUGUCCCGGCACGGAGAACAAGUUGAGCACUCUGUCUGACCUGGACCAGCAGUACCGCACCCUGAAGAAGCUCUACGAGAACUGUGAAGUCGUGAUGGGCAAUUUGGAGAUUACCAGCAUCGAUCGAAACCGCAACCUCUCCUUCCUCAAGUCAAUCAGAGAAGUGACCGGCUACGUGUUGGUGGCUCUUAAUCAGUUCGACUACCUGCCGUUGGAGAACCUGCGGAUCAUCCGUGGCACCAAGUUGUACGAGGGACGCUACUCUCUGGCCAUCUUCCUCAACUACAGGCGGGACGGGUACUACGGCCUGAGGCAACUGGGCCUGCGCAACCUCACAGAAAUCCUGAAUGGGGGUGUUUAUGUUGACCAGAACAAAUUCCUGUGCCAUGCGGACACCAUCCAUUGGCGAGACAUUAUCAAGAACCCUCAGGCUGAGCUGCUGGUGGUACCAUCCAACAACAGCAACCUCGGAUGCAGACGCUGUCAUCGCUCAUGUAACGGACGCUGCUGGGGCCAUCAGGAAGACCAGUGUCAAACCUUGACAAAGACAGUGUGUGCAGAGCAGUGUGACGGUCGUUGCUUCGGGCCUUACGUCAGCGACUGCUGCCAUCGCGAGUGUGCCGGCGGCUGCUUGGGCCCCAAGGACACGGACUGCUUCGCUUGCACCAAUUUCAACGACAGCGGAGCAUGCGUGACCCAGUGCCCUCAGCCGUUUGUGUACAACCCCACUUCUUUUCAGUUAGAGCACAACCCCAGAGCCAAGUACACCUACGGAGCUUUUUGUGUAAAGAAAUGCCCACAUAAUUUCGUGGUGGACCACAGCUCAUGUGUCAGAGCAUGUCCCAGCAACAAGAUGGAAGUGGAGGAGAACCGCAUUAAAAUGUGCAUUCCCUGUACCGACAUCUGUCCUAAAGUGUGUGAUGGCAUAGGGACGGGCAGCCUGCAGACAGCUCAAACUGUGGAUGCCAGCAAUAUUGAUAAAUUUGUCAACUGUACCAAAAUAAACGGCAACCUGAUCUUUCUCAUUACGGGCAUUAAAGGGGACAUGUAUCAUGGUAUUGGACCUUUGGACCCUGAGCGUCUAAACGUGUUCCGCACUGUGAAGGAGAUCACAGGUUAUCUCAACAUCCAGUCUUGGCCUGAGAACAUGACAGAUCUGAGUGUUUUUUCAAGCCUGGCAACCAUCGGAGGUAGAUCUCUUUACAGUGGAAGCGGUAUUUCUCUGUUGAUCUUGAAGCAGCGUUGGAUCUCAUCGCUUCAGUUCCAGUCGCUGGACGAGAUCAGCGCCGGAAACGUAUACAUCUUCAACAACAGCCGCCUGUGCUUCUACAACACCGUGAACUGGACGUCUCUCUUUAGGACCUCGAGCCAGAAAAUCCUCAUCCGCAACAACCGAGAUCCAAAGGAAUGUAAUCAGCAGCGAAUGGUGUGUGAUCAGAUGUGUUCAGAUGACGGGUGCUGGGGCCCAGGGCCUGACCAGUGUCUUUCUUGCCGAUAUUUCAGACGAGGGCGAACCUGUGUUGAGUCUUGCAACCUCUUUGAUGGGGAAAUGCGUGAAUUUGCCAAUGGUUCUUUGUGCCUGGAGUGUGAUAGCCAGUGUGAGAAGAUGGAUGGGAACACCAUAACAUGUCUUGGCCAGGGCCCGGACCAGUGUGUGAAAUGCCUCCACUUCAAAGAUGGACCCAACUGUGUGGAGAAGUGCCCUGAUGGGUUGCAGGGGGCCAACAGUUUCAUCUUCAAGUACGCCAAGGCCAACAACGAGUGCCAUCCCUGCCAUGCUAACUGCACCCAGGGGUGCAUUGGGCCAAGACUCCAAGAUUGUGUUGGGAUGAUGGACAGGACACCGCUAAUAGCAGCUGGCAUUAUCGGCGGCUUAUUCAUCAUUGUCAUUCUGGCGCUCAGCGUGGCCGUUACUGUCCGCCGCAAAAGUAUCAAGAAGAAGAGGGCCUUGCGGCGCUUCUUGGAGACAGAGCUGGUGGAGCCCCUGACCCCCAGUGGAACGGCCCCUAACCAGGCUCAGCUGCGGAUCCUGAAAGAAACUGAGCUGAAGAGAGUCAAGAUUCUGGGCUCUGGAGCUUUUGGCACAGUCUACAAGGGCAUCUGGGUGCCUGAAGGUGAGACAGUGAAGAUCCCUGUGGCUAUUAAAAUCCUCAACGAGACCACCGGUCCUAAAGCCAACGUGGAGUUCAUGGAUGAGGCCCUGAUCAUGGCCAGCAUGGAGCACCCCCACCUGGUGCGUCUGCUGGGCGUGUGCCUGAGCCCCACCAUACAGCUGGUCACCCAGCUCAUGCCUCACGGCUGCCUGCUCGACUACGUGCACGAGCACAAGGACAACAUCGGAUCGCAGCUGCUGCUCAACUGGUGUGUCCAAAUCGCCAAGGGGAUGAUGUACCUGGAGGAGAGGAGGCUCGUCCACAGGGACCUGGCAGCCCGGAACGUGCUGGUGAAGUCGCCCAAUCACAUUAAGAUCACCGACUUUGGCCUGGCGCGGCUGCUAGAUGCUGACGAGAAGGAGUACAACGCAGACGGGGGCAAGGUUGGUAUGCCCAUUAAAUGGAUGGCUCUUGAAUGCAUCCACUACAGGAAGUUCACCCAUCAGAGUGACGUGUGGAGUUAUGGAGUGACUAUUUGGGAGCUGAUGACAUUCGGAGGCAAACCAUACGACGGCAUCCCCACGCGAGAAAUCCCAGACAUUCUGGAGAAAGGGGAGCGUCUGCCCCAGCCACCCAUUUGCACAAUAGAUGUCUACAUGGUCAUGGUCAAAUGCUGGAUGAUUGAUGCAGACAGCAGGCCCAAGUUCAAGGAGCUGGCCGCUGAGUUCUGCAGAAUGGCCCGUGACCCCCAACGAUACCUGGUCAUUCAGGGAGAUGACCGCAUGAAGCUUCCCAGCCCCAAUGACAGCAAGUUCUUCCAGAGCCUUCUGGACGAGGAGGACCUGGAUGACUUGAUGGAUGCUGACGAGUAUCUGGUGCCUCGGGGCUUUAACAUUGCUCCUCCGUCAUACACAACCAGGCCUCGUGUUGACUCCAACAGAAACCAGUUUGGCUAUCGAGAUGGUGGUCCAAACCCUGCAGAGGCUUCUGUGGCAGGUUCCCAAGCCUGUGUUAACCAGGACGCCACAGGUGGACCGGGUCCGGCCCUGGAAGACCAACGCUGUAAUGGGAGCCUGCAUAAAAAAAGCCUGAGCCAGGCCGGGGGAGAGGACAGUGGUGGCCAGAGGUACAGCGCUGACCCUACCAUCUUCUUGGGGGAGAGGGCGCCCAGAGGAGACACUGAUGAGGACGGAUACAUGACACCCAUGAAGGACAAGAGCUCCUCAGAAUAUCUCAAUCCAAUUGAGGAAAACCCAUUUGUAUCGCGACGUAAGAAUGAUGAGAUCCAUGCCUUGGAUAACCCGGGCUACCACAGCACACCCAACAGCCAGCCCAAAGGAGAGGAUGAGUACAUCAACGAGCCCCUCUACCUCAACACCUUCCACAGCCCUGCGGAGCUGGGCCUGAAAGCCCUGAGGAGAAAUGGUCUGCCCCUUCCCACUCAGACCUCCUCCUCUAUCCCUUCUUCGGGCUCCCACCUCCCGCUUACCAUGCAGGCCAGCCUGCCCAACUACCCCCUCCCCACGGCCCAGCCCUCUCCAUCUGGCAUGCCUUGCCACCACGGCCCACCGACCCACAUCCUCCAUGCCCACCACACCAUCAAACCUGCAGGACAACCUGGCAAUCCAGGUGGCGGCUCCGUCAGCCAUAGCCAAACAGGAACUACUGCCCAAGCCCAGGUGUGCCAGUCAGGUGCCGUGUCCACUUCGGCCACCAUUGGGCAAGGCAGCCUGCCAGCAUAUCAGAUCCAUGCUACCACGCACCCAGCCAGCACUAGCCUGCUGAAGCACGGACAGACGUCAGGUAAAGUCAGCGGAAAAAAGCUGAAGGUAACCUUUGACAAUCCAGAAUACUGGCAGCACAGCUUGCCUCCCAAAUUGUCUAACCAGGCUGUCCCUGACGGCGCCCAGGGCGGUUCUACCAAUGCCAAGUUGUUCUAUAAGCAGAAUGGACACAUACGGCCUGCGGUAGCUGAAAACCCUGAAUACAUGUCUGAGUUUUCCCUGAAAUCUGGCACCGUCUUGCCACCUCCACCAUACCGGCAGCGGAACACUGUGGUCUAAAUCGUUUCACUUGACAAAAGUUACCCAAUCAGACUCCAGCCUCCAGCAACCCAGACAUCCUCUCCGGUUCCACUGUUCCACACAGAUGGGAGUGGCCACAACUCUCUCCAAAUAACGUGCCAUCUGCUGUAGCUGUAGCGAUAUCAGAGUGAUGUGGACCGAACCGAGCCAGGCAGACCCAACUCAUACUCUCGCACCUUUACUAUAUCCAAUCCAGUCCAUUUACGUCCUGUAGAUAGAGACUCUAUGUCACUGAAAAUGUGAAGGUUACGGUAGUUCUUGGCGUACAACGGACACAUGACUAUCAUAAAGGAGUGCGUGCAUCGUGGUGGCCCGGCGAGGUAGAACACAAUGGCGUCAAACAAGAUGGAUCCAGCUUAUGGGACCUGAACUCACUGCCAGCCACUGUGGUGUCCAAUUCAUGAAAGGAACAAUAUUUAUUUUAUUAUUUUUCCAAUACAAAGGUCGGAGGAUGAACAAAACGUUUCCAAGGGUUUCUGAAAUAAGCAACCAGACCGAGCAAAGAGAGUCUGUUAGAUGUAAAGAUCUCUUGUUUUGUGAAUGACCUUCUAGAGUGAGGCCAAAUAUGGAGGAUAAAUGACUGAAAGGGUUUAGUCAAGACUUCCAGUAACAUAAAAGAUCGAGCACUGAAAGCUUAUCAAUCAUAUUCAUUCUUUUGCAUAUAUAAUAC